UCAACUUCUAACCUAUCAAGUAUGCACGUUUUGUGACUUUAAUUUUGUUUACAGAAUUAUUUUACGUUGAUUUUAAAUUAUCUUAAAGGUUAAGAUGGUUUACCCUAAUUCCCCGUUUAAGACAACGUUCAACAAUAAAUUAAUAACGAAUUUAUUUCUUGACGAUAGUGUCACCAAAACAAAAACAUCGGUUUCAAAUGAAGAAUUAUUAAAAAUACAGCAAUGGUUAUGUUCUGCACCAAAAAUAACUUCGAUAAGAGUAAAUACAAUAAAAACAAAUACUGCCAAAGUUUUAAAGGUAUUAAAAACCUAUUUUGCAGAAAAUUGUAAUGAUACACCAAAUGUUUACAUACAUCCCUCUUUUACCAAUGUAAUAAUAAUUGACAGUUUAAAUUGUCCAGCAGAGUUUAAAAAGUUUGAUAAAGAAAUUAUAGUAGACACUGAUUGUGCUGCAGCAAUUCUUCGGGGUGCUCAUAUAUUUGCCCCAGGAGUAUUAGGAAUGGUUUCAGGUUCUCAGAUAAACGAAAACGUUAGUAUUUACGCCGAUGUUGCAAAAAAGUGUAAAAAGGGACUUCAGAAAAUAUAUGAAGACGACUUCAAAAUAUUCAUUGGAAAUGGGAUAGUUAAGAUGCAGAGGCACCAGUUGUUUGCAACUGAUAAUAUUGCGCCCAGUGGUAUUGCUGUAGAAGUAACAGAAACAAUUUCAGGAUGUGUACCGAUAAGCGAAAGUUUAUUACCAGUCGGAGAUAUUUUACUACAAAAUAUACCAUCUAUUGUAUGUGUUCAUAAUCUUAAUCCCAAACCUGGUGAUGUAGUACUUGAUAUGUGUGCUUCUCCUGGAAAUAAAACUACUCAUAUAGCAGAGCUAAUGCAGAAUAAGGGAAUAUUAAUAGCCAUAGACAAAACUCCAAAGAAGGUUGCCCAACUUCAAAAACGCUGUGAGGAUUUCGGCGCCAAAGUGUAUAGUUUUCAAGCUGAUUCUACUGCAAUAAUUUCAGAUACUUUAAGUUCCAAAAAUGUUAUAGACGGUCCACCAUUCGCACCCCAAUCGUUCGACAAAAUACUUUUAGAUGCACCGUGUAGUGUUCUUGGGAAAAGACCACAACUGGCCAAUAGGUCGUCAGAAAACGAGAUCAAGUCAUUCGUUCCAUUACAAAGAAAACUGUUUGAAAAUGCAGCAAAAUUAUUGAAGCCAGGUGGAAUCAUGGUCUACAGUACAUGUACUAUAACCCUAUCUGAGAACGAAGGCAUUGUAGCUUGGGCUUUAAAAAGUUUUAAUUUCUUGGAAUUAGUCCAACCAGAUUUAACUUUAGGAGAACCUGGAUGGCUCGGAACUUCUCUUUCAGACGAAGCAAGGAGUUUUGUUCAAAGAUUUGGACCUAAUUCAGAGGUGGACUCCGUAGGGUUCUUUUUUGCAGUUUUUAAACAGAAGACUUGAGUUGUUUUUAUUAUUAGGGUCAUUAGGGUUAUGCUGUAUGGUAUGUUAAACAGUAAAUGGUUAAGUUCAAUUAGUUACCACUAUAAACAGCCCGGAUUAACCGAUAAUAGUAUAAAAGGCCCGGUUUCAGGUAAAAUUUAUUUUAGGCUUUAUUAUGGGAGUACCGUCUAGUCAGUGUUGAUUGCAAAAGACCAACUCUGUCUACCUCGGUGGCUUAUCGCUCCGGGUGGGUCUUAACAAUGGGCCAGGUCAGAUAAAUUUAAUAAUAUUUACGACCGCACUAAUUGAACUCAAACCAAUUACUGUUGAACAAACCAUACGUUAUAAUAAUGUUUGUUUUAUUAUUACUAUAAUAUAUUUUGUCCUAUUCCGAAGCAAUAAUAUUCGUUUCGUAGCAUUAUGUAGCAUUAUUGUUUUCAACUAAUUAUAUCGGCGAUUUUUUUGUUUUUUCUGCAUUGUUGCUUUAAUUUUUAGAUUUUUAGUCUGCAUUUAUAAAACAAACAGUUGCUUUUAGAACUCUUUAGCGACGUAUUAUAGUUUAUUUUUUAACCAGGAGGAGUAAACUAUAAAGACAGAUUCACACCCAAGAAAGUGACACCAGACAUGAUCAACCAAAAAAGAAGAUGAAUAUUAUGGUGAUUUUUCUAGUGACAUUAUUGGGUGUGAAUCUGUCUUUUGAGUUUACUCCUCCUGGUUAAACAGGGUAUAAGAGGAGUAAACUGGAGUAAACUGGAGUAUAAGAGGACUAAUCUGUCGAAAGACAGAUUCACACCCAAUAAUGCCACCAGAAAUAUCACCAGAUUCAUCUUCUUUUUUGGUUGAUCAUGUAGUAGGCCUUUGAUGGCCAUCCAUAAAUAUUAUAUUAUACUAAUACGUCGGUCUAGAUGAGUUCUAAAAACAAUUGUGUUUUAUAUAAAUGCAGACUAAAAAUCUAAAAAUUAAAAGAAUAACGCAGAAAACACAAAAAAUCGCCGAUAUAACCUAUGAAUUUUAAAUACCAAUACGGCAUUCCAACAUGCUAUCAAAAUUAAAUCAAUAUGACGGCUGGGAGGCAAACAUAAAUGUUUUCUGUUAGUUCUUAAUGUGUUUUAGAUAAUUUUAGUUAUGUUUCUUUGUUAUGUAACAUUUUCACUGGAAGAAUUAAUUUAAAAAGAUAAUACAGGGUGAUUGAUUAGUAGGGUAAAGCUCAAUAGCUCCGCUAUAGUAAUAGAUAGCAAUAAAAGUUAAUAACAAAAAUUUUAGCCACCUUUGAGCUUCACAUUACA